AAUUAAACAACUUGCUGCCAAAUUGAUAAUGAACCACACUGAAGUCCAUUUACGGCUGCAGCAGAGAACUCAAAAAGUUGCGUUUGACUCUCUAGAGGAACUUGCACAAGGGACACAGUGUGCGUCCUGAUUUAACUGCAGAUGGUCUGCAUGGCGAUUUGAAAGAAAAAAAAAAAAAAAACUUCAGAGAGGGAGGGCAGGAAAAGAUUUCGAUCACAUGGUUAGAAAGUCAUUCUGAGAGCGUGCUGGUGGGUUUGUGCUGCCCACGGAAAUAUAAAACUUCACAGCGCAGUUACGCCCAAGCGAAUGAGCAGUUUUUGGAGCUUUGCAUCAAUCAGCAGCGUCGUACUGACAGAUACAAAACAGAAGGCGAGCGAGUGAAGAAAGUAAAAAUGGAAAAUCCAACUGCGACUCCGUUAACCAGCACCGCCGCCGCACCAUUUCCCAUCAACUCCACAUCACGGGCGCCUUCGAUCUCUAUCUUAGACAUCAUUGCAGCCAACGACAUCACCUCCAGAGCGAACUACUUCUACGCCUUCAUCGCUGGGUUGGGCUUGGUGGCUGCAUGUUUCCUGUUCUACAGCUUCGCCGUGAGCUACAGAGCUCAGCGGUGGCUGGCGUGGCUCGACAGCCUGCUGUGGGCGUUCUGUGGCUUCCAGCUGCUGCUCCUGUUCCUCUCACUCUCCGCCGUAGCCCACAGACCCAGCUACCUCAUCACCACGGCUUUGGGCUGCGUCAUGCUCUCCUUCACAGUCAACGUGGCCUUGCUGUGCGGCCUGUUCAUCCUAGUUCUCGUGGACUACGUUCUAACCUUUGACCCGCCGUCCCACGCCCUGCUGAGGAAGCCGGGGGUCUGUGCGGCUCUCGUGAGCCUCGCCUCUGUUGUGUCUUCUCUGCUGUUGGCUAGUUUUCGAGGACCCAGACAUGAUCUGGGGACUAUGGGCCCCUGCUUUAUAGAUCCGGUCCGUGCUGGCCUCUUGUAUGCGGCCGCAAAGUUCAUCCUGGCUUUCCUGACUCCCUAUCUUCUCCAGGUGGGACUUCUGAUUGCCAGUUGCGUCCGCCAGUGGAAAUCUAAUGGAUGUUUUCUCUCCGGAUCCGAGGAGGGUCCCAUGUUCCUGACCGUCACUGGGGUCAUGUGUGUCUGCCACCUCUUCUACAGCGUGGCGCUGGUGAGAGGAGCGCAUUUAGAAAAGGACGGAGCACUGAGCCCCCGUGAGGGAGCAUUUCUGAGCGUGGCUGAGUUUGUCUUCUUCUCAGGCAGCAGCGUGAGCCUUGUGCUCGUGCUGCUCAUGCACAGAACGUGCCGAGACAAUCUAUUUGGAAUGUUCAGGCAGCUGAAGGACUGCUGUCAAAGAUCAGGACGCACACAGACCAACAGAAACAUCAUAGCUCCCCAAAUUGAGAUCACAGACACCCUGCAGGACUACGAGUUAUAGGGGUCAAAAACAAAUCGUGCUGAUGGUGCAUCUAACGGAACUUAAUCUCAUUUACAUGUUUGUGAGUUAUGACACCUUAAGGUGGUGUCUAUACUGCUUCAUCUUGUGUGUAUUAGUCCAUGGGCCAAGCAGAAUCCAUCCCCAGUGUACCAUGACCUACACAAAAAUGUAUGAUAACAUCCAAGGGCGGUAGUUAUAGCCAGG